CAAUGUAGCCCAAGCCCAAGCCCAAGCCCAAGCAACCCAACACAUGCCUGCCUACCUGAGUACUAAUUCGCUCUGCUGCCUUUUAGCCGCGAGAAAGAGGUAAUCAGAAAUAUUUAAAAUUAUUUUCGAAUUUCUUUAAGAAUGGUUUGCUUUCUGGAUUUGCCUAAUGAGGUUCUCAUCGCCAUCCUUGAGCCCCUCGCAACCGCCGACCUCCAAUCGCUCAUUCUCUUACAGCUCACAAAUCGACGACUCCAUGCACUGGUUCGAGAUGUCAUAUAUAAUAUUCAAAAUGUCUCAGCUGCCAGUCAUAGUACUCACUUCGAAGAAACGCAGAUACACCCCUUCCUAAAAGCCAAGUUCAAGGGAUUGUUUAAUACAGCAGAUUGUUUCACAGCGGCGGAAAAGGGCAGGCUAGCAUAUCUUAGUCUCAAUGGCGAUUAUAUUCUUCCGUUUCGCAGGCUCCCGUGGGCACAACGCCAGGACAAGCGCCAGGUGUAUUUCCGUCCCGAGGCGAGCUGGCGCGAUCUCAAUCUCACUUUUGGACAAGCCCCCAUCACACACCUUGACAUAGUCAAGAGCUAUUCAGCUCCGGAAGGUGAUUCUGUCGAUUACUAUCAGCUGGAAAUGCCGCCGUCCGGUAUGACAAUGGGUCUUUUCUACGACGUUCUUCUGUGCGACACUGGCACGUACCGCCGUGAGACAGGAAGUUGGGAAUUGAUCGUCGGAAAGCGAUUGCGCAGCUACGAUGUCCUAUCUGAAUAUGAAUGUUUUAUCCCCGAUGAUCGCGAAUUAGUGGAUUAUGGCAAGGAGGCACGACAGGCAGCCGUGUUGUAUGUGCGAGGUGGUCCUGUCAGCCGCAAUAUCACUAGCGAGGCCGAGGAGAAUGAAUGGAUCUCCAGCAGUCAGAAUAAGCAACGGCUGCUUCCGUGGCAGGGGCCGAUCCAGAACUUUAUAUUUACGGGGUAUUACGAUUAGAUCCGUACAAUUAGGAAUACGCAUGGUCUCCAGCUCGACUCGAUAGCAUAUCAGUUACAACACACUUGCAACCUACGGUCUACCCAAAGAACCAAUAAAUGGAGUUCAAAUUGAAAGCCACUCGGGCCACUGUCCACCUGCCUACCUAGGAUAGGGGAGAGAAUAAUUGCCCUGGUUUUCUACUAGAACGGCGCUAUUUGAAGAUCCCGCAUCUUAGCGCCAUCUCGAGUCAUACCAUAAAUAUUGUAGAUUUGUAUUACAUACCUACCGGGUAUCUCGUUUCGAGACAGCCUUGUAGGCUCGGCGAGGAGUGAAAGCCCGAAUCUGACCGGUUUACUAAUUCACUCAAGGCUACCGACUUGACAUCACCCCGACUGCCGAGAGAUCUUACAUCUAAAACAACUCAAUCUGACAUAUAUCAAUUGUCCGAACCAAUGAAACCUGUGUAUCGUCAAGAAUUGGAUGUUGAUUUCCAACGCAGUAUAGUAAUUGCACAUGAAUAAUCAUGAUUAACAAGCAAACUAUCCGUCACAACGGGAAGAUCAUGGAAACAGCAAUCAGUCAAAAUUGUCGUAGAUCUGUCCGUGGCGGUAAAGAGAGAAGUCCUAGAGCCAUCGCUGCU